UACACAUCUCUGAUUGCCUCCCAGCGGUGACAUAACGUCAACGUCUUGAAAUGCCCUAUUCGACAACAAGAUUAACCUAUAAAUAGUUUUGUUUUUGUUAAUAAAAAUAGUAAAUUUAUUGUUGAAAACCGUCAAAUCUCGUUUAAGCUAAUGGAAGUGAAACAAGAAUUUAGUGAGGAUACCUUUAACAAAGAAAUAUAUUCUAAUGAGGUGAAUGAUACUCUUUUAGACAGCUUCAAAAAUGAAAUUAAAAAGGAGCCCAAUAGAGAAAAUACAAAUGAUAUAUUAUUUGAUAAUCCAGACUUAAUUGAUUUGUCCUUAUUAAAGACUGAAAUAGAAGAAGAUGAAAAGAAACUUACGCUAUUUGAAGAAGAACAAACAAACGAAAUGGGAUUGCCUCAAGAGAAAGAAACUGCGGAAAUUAUGAACAGACCUAUGCGUCGACCUAAGGCAAGUAAUUUGAAAAACCAUAUGAAAUUGAACACUGAGAAAAAACCACAUAAGUGUGACGUUUGUUCUAAGCAAUUUAUUCAAGCAGGUAACUUGAGAACACAUUUGAGAGUGCACACUGGAGAAAAACCAUACAAGUGCCAAAUUUGUUUUAAAGUAUUUUCUCAGUCCAUUACUUUGAAGCAACAUACGAGAACACAUACUGGAGAAAGACCUUACAAGUGUGAGAUUUGUUUCAAGCAGUUUGUUCAAUUAAAUGCUUUGAAACGACACGAGAAAGUUCACACUGGAGAAAAACCGUAUAAGUGUGAAAUUUGUUUUAAGCAGUUUAGUGCAGCAUGUCAUUUGAAAACACAUUCUGUGGUGCACACUGGGGAAAAACCUCAUAAGUGCACAAUUUGUUUUAAGCAAUUUAGUACGACAAGUACUUUGAAAUCACAUUUGAGAAUCCACACUGGGGAAAAACCUCACAAGUGUGAAAUUUGUUUUAAGGAAUUUAAUCAAGCAAGUUCUUUGAAAUUACAUUUGAGAGUGCACACUGGGGAAAAACCUUAUAAGUGUGAAAUUUGUUUUAAGACUUUUUCUCAGUCUGGUGGUUUGAAACAACAUACCAUGAUGCAUAUAAAUUCGUUUAGUAAACACAUGAAUAUUCUAGAAGAAAAAUCUUAGAGGGGAAGUAGAGCUCCAUUUUCCCGAUCCCUUCUGAUUUCCUGGUAUAGGUAGUCGGCGCGUUUGGUUGGCUGUGCUUAGAUUUUAACGAGGAAAAUAAAAAUAUGCAGUGGCGGCUGGUCCUAUGAGGCAGGCGAGGCAGUGCCUCACCAGUAUAUCAAUAGACUAUUUACGUUAUUUCGUCAUCAAUUCUUUAAAUAAAAUUUAAGUAACUCUUUGAAAUUUGCUAAAUAGAUUUUUAUGAUAAAACAUAAAAAUGAGUAUGCCGUGAUCUCUGCCCUCCCUCCUACGUACGAGUAUUUUGCAUCUCAUUCUCAUCUCUCAAAUUAUUACAGAUGAAGCAUGCCUCUCUUGCCGUUUCUAACACACGGCAUUUUCGUCAACGGAACCAGAUGUAUGCCAGCAACCAACAACAAAAUUCUAACUGAGGUUCAAUUUCGGAACGCGAAUUUCACUAUCCUUCGAGGCUAGCCUCGAAGGCUGGCCAUAGUGGUACUAAGUGUAAGAUACGAUAUACCUAAGCGUUAGUGAUGAGCGAGACUGGUCUUGGUCUUGCGGUCUUGGUCUUGGUCUUGCAGCAAGACCAAGACCGCCUUUUGGUUGCAAGACCAAGACCAAGCUUGCAAGAACAAGACCAAGACCGAACCUUGCAAGACCACGCAAGACCAAGACCAACCUGCAAGACUCUUGCACUUUUUUGAGAAAAAUUGGUUUUUAUUAUUUAACUUUAUUUUUUUAGUUCAAUAAUAUAUACUGACAUUGUAAGAAACCUUAAACAAUAUCGAAUUUUUAAAAUACAUAAUAUUUUGGUUAUAUUUUUAAGUCGUUUUGAUUAAGUCAAACGGUUUACAUUUUCUCAACCUUCAAAGUGUCCAGAAGGCAAGUUUUCAAACGGCGACAGUUCAAGGACAAUUGAAAUUACUUGUAAGACAUAAAAAUGUAAUGAUAGACAGGGUAAUCCAUUAAAAAAAAUGCAAUUAAAAACGGUUUUAUGUACCAGUAGUUUUCGCUUUUUUGUCUAAUAAAAAUACUGACACUUAUUUCAAUUCUUUUCGCAUAAUCGAGGAAAAAUAUAGGUCGUUAAAUUUAAAAUGAAUACAAAAAAUAUCAUAAUAGAUUUUGUAAAGGGAUUCACAAUGCUGUGAAAGCAUUGUGGCCUGAAUAAAAAAUAACUGGUUGUCGAUUGUAAUGUGUCAAGCUUGGUAUCGUAAAAUCCAAAGCUUAGGUUCAGUUUCUGAAUAUAAUGACAAAAAUUCCGAUACUGGGAAAUUUUUAAAAUUAUUUUUUGGAUUAAUUUUUUACAAUCAACGAAAGUUGGAAGUUGAAUUAUUUGUGCAAAUCCCGGAUGACAAACGUGUAAAGAAUUUUAUUGAUUUCAUAGUUGAAAACUAUUUGGAAGAAUCUAGAUUUUCCCCAGAAAGGGCCAGUACUACAAAUAAUAUGUGACGCACUUGAAAUGCAUGCGCAUCAUUUCAGUGUGUUUUAAAUUCUAGUUUUUACUACCCACAUCCGAAUAUUUUCAACUUUUUAAAUGCCACAAUGUGUAUUCAAUCCAAAAAUAUGUGAAAAUAAGAAGUGCGAAUAACUCGUGUUACGAGAGCAAUGUAGUUUAAAUAAAAUUAAAGAACUGCAAGAUAACAAAUUACAGAAUUAAGCGUUUAUAACUCCCCAUUAGGUUUAGUUAUUAUGUUAUAGUAUUAGGUCUAUAAAUAGGUAUGGUAAAUAUGUACGUAUUUACUAAAAAGUAUGUUUUAGUUAGUUUAUAAAAAAGUUAUUAUAUUAAAUAAUGAUUAAAUAGAGUAAAAAAUAUUUGAUUUUUGUGUUCUCUUAAAAAAAUUUAAUUUAUGUUCUUAAAUUUGACCCUCGUAGGAUAAAUACUACAGUGUUCGAGUGAAAGGAGCAGAUCAUUAUCUGUUGACAACUAUAAACCGUUUAUUCCUUUUCGUAACAUCCGUGAAUUGAAGGUCCCCGACCAUUUGUGGCACCUUUAAGAAGCUCUUUUUCUUUAACAUUUUAUUAAAAUACAGGGGCAAUAAACAAUAAUCCAGACUCAAGACGUGGUCUGAAGGCAGGCGGCAGGUAUCGACAGCAUGCAAAACACAACGUGGCACAACCGAAGGCCGGCAAUUGCAACAAGGGUUGUAAAUGCAGGUUUUUUCUACUGAUAAACAUUACCAUUAUAAAAAUAUACUCUAAUCUCUUUAUAUAAAGAGAAAUAAUUAGGUCAUUAGGUGAAUGUAUAAUGUUAAAAUUGGUAUCCGUUUGAAACUACAUUCUACAUUCUGUUAAAAUUUUAAAGCAGAAAAUAUAGUUUCAUUCUUCACACCUUUAUUUAUUUCAAUGUACAUUUUAUUCGAAAUUGUUUGGAUCAAAUUAUUACUACCAAAAAAGCAAGACCAGCAAGACUCUUGCAGCAAGACCAAGAACAAGACCGGCUAGUGCAAGACCAAGACCAAGACUGCCUUUUAGCUGCAAGACCAAGACCAAGUUUGCAAGAACAAGACCAAGACUAGCCUGGUCUUGGUCUUGUUCUUGUUUUGCUCAUCACUACUAAGCGUAUAAUAUCGAACUUCACCGUCUGUUUAAUGGAUAAAAAUGAUUGGAUAUGUAAUUUAAUCUGUUAACAAUUUUAAAAUCAAGCGGUGCCCGAUAUAAUUUUGUUCUGAAUACAAUUAAUUAAUAAUUAAAAAAUUACUUUUCUUUAUAAAUUAAAAAAAAAUCGGACGGGUCAGAUAUUUUAGAUUUUAUAGAUCAUUCGAAACAAAAAAGAUCUUUUGUAAUUUUUUUCUUAAGUUGAUCUUUUUCGAAUUAUAAACAAUUUAAAACUGAAAAAAAGAAUGAAAGGUGACGUUUUUCAAGGCUCGAAAUCUAUAUAUAUAAAAGAAAGUCGAGAUUGUGUUAGUUACACCAUUUAUAACUCGAGAACGACUGAACAUAUUUUUAUGAAAUUUUACAUGUAUAUUCUAGCGGACUGGGAAUAGGAUAAUAUGGAGUUUCAUACCCGUACGUCAUAAGGGGUGUUGCCCCCCUGAUAUAUUUUUUAAUUUUUGGAAAAACCGUUUUUUACUAUUUUUAUGAGAUGUAGAAGCAGAAGAUACAUACAAUCCUAAAUUUUCAAUUUUUUAUCUCAGACCGUAUUUUUUAAUAGCCAUUUAAAUAUUUUACAUCUAUAUAAAAAUUCGCCGGUCGCAGUGUUUGUUACCAUACUCCUCCGAAACGACUAAACCGAUUUUUAUGAAAUUUUGCAGGUAUAUUGGACUGUACUGGGAGUAGGUUGCUGUCUAUAUUUCAUACCCGUAUGUCAUUAGGGGGUUGCCCAUGACAACAAUGACGUGAAAAAUAUGAAAUUAAGUAGGUAGACUCCUUGCUGAAUUCAAAGCAGAACCGUACUAAAAUUUUUUGUCUAGCACAAUCGGUGUCCGAAAUACAAUAUCUCAAGCCGUAGCAAUAUUCUGAGGACAGAAGAAGAACGAGCGACAAAUUUCAUAGAAGAGAAGUGGCACAGUUUAACUUUGGGACUCAAAUUGGGCAAAAUAUGAAUUUUUUAAUUUUGCGAAAUUUUCAAAAAAUAUCUCUAAACGGAACCGUAAGCAGGAGAAAAAUUCUGAGCACACGAAAAGAACAAACAGCAAAUUAUAAACUUUUAUUUAAUUUUAAUUCAUUUUGUUUAAUUUUAUUUAAUUUAAGUAUUUUAUUUAUUUUCGUUUAUUUUAUUUUAUUUCAUUUAAUUAAAUUUUAUUUAUUUU